AUGGCGACCCCAGCUGCACUUCCCCCCUUGCCUUUCAAUCCCUCCCGAGUCCGAUCAUACUUGGUGCGGCUACCGCUUUUCACCCGCCUUGUGCUCUUGGUGAUCCUGGCCUUCUGGUUGUUGGAACUGCAAACAAUGUGGAGUGUCGUACAAUGGGGAGCUCUGAUCCCAGACGAAAUUAACCUCGGAACGAGUACGUCGUCACCCCAACUUACCACCUACUGCCUUGGGCUGGACCUGGAUUUGGGGAGCCUUACUGACUGGCGGAAUCUAGUGUAUCGACUGAAUACCUAUCCUUUGAUCCACACUGGCUUUUUCCACGCGCUUUUGAAUGCCCUGGCUCUGACGCCGCUUUUGGAGCGGUUUGAAGCGGAACAUGGCACGCUCACAGCUAUUGCCUUGUUUGUCGGUCCACUUUCCACCUUCCCCGCCGCUAUCUACCUCCUGAUCGAGAAGGUUAUCCUGCACAGCAACACGUCUGUGGUCGGAUCAAGCAUCUGGGUUUUCUUGCUCCUCGGAUCCGAAGCCAUCCGAACCUAUAAAUCGAACCCCCACUUUAGUAUUGGUUUCUAUGGGAUUUCGGCUGACCAUUUCAUCAGCCUCGGCCCGUACAAGAUCCCUACUUGGACCUCGCCUUUGUUUGCGUGUGUGGUUCUUUCUAUUCUAGUUUCCAACGUGAGCUUCCUUGGCCACCUCUGCGCCAUUCUCAUCGGCUAUCUCUUCGGUCUCGGAUACCUGAAGUUCCUGGUGCCGCCCGAGAAGAUUCUGCGAUGGAUCGAGGGUAAGCUGAACCUCCUCGGCCGGCUGCCACACUAUAUUUCUGUCGACCAAAAGACCUUUGGACGCUAUGGAGUUCUUCCCUCGUCUAACAACGCGGCCAACGGCAACAAUGGCACCCCCAUGAGCUUCCUGGGCACCAACCAGCGUCUAGGUGCAUGA